UGAGGGUAUAAAGACACUAAGAAACAGUGACUAUUCUUGAGAAAGUAAAGCAGCCGACCCGUUGACCUGUCAAACCGAAGGCCAUCCCUUAUGGGGCGAAGCCAUCGUAUCAUAUAUUCCACUACCUACCUGCCGCCAUUUCAUUACAUUGUAUUUUCUGAUUUCUCCCUCGCAUUAUUUGCGUCUGCUAGCUCUGCAAAACCUGUCUCAUUCGUUUUUGUUUUCUUAAAAAAAAAAAUUAUGGUGUUGCAAGGCUUGUUUCAUGAAGUUUGACCAUUUGCUCUGAAAAUCGACGAAUUAGUUUGGAAAAACUCCCUCGGAGAAGUAACUGAUAUCGCAAAAAUUUGCGAUUUGUCGAUCGCAGUAAUAAACUGGGAAAAGGUGGCGCGGUGUGGCCCAGCAGCCAUGCUUCGAUUUGUAAACAAAACUUGUUUGAAAAUGGUGUGAGGAAGGGCUUCACAGAGACCGCGCGUGGUUACCGCAUCUUUCAUCGUAUAAUAAAAAUUGAAUCGUUAAAAAGUCUUGGGUGAAUAGGAGCGUCUAAAAACUCUUGAAAUUUUCUAUAACCACACCGUGUUGGUUUGCAAUCUUAAAAAAAAGUUCUCCGCUGAAAGCUGCGCUGAUCGAUGUUGGAAAUUUGACAUUUUUUACUCGGAAUUCAAUUAAUCCCAAGGUGCGAUCAUGACCCGUGAAAUAAAAACAUUGCGUUGUCUUUUUCCUGAACCAAAACCUCCAAGACGUAAAAAUUUUAUCAAGGAAAAUGUCAAAAGUGUACGAAAAAUGGAGCAACUUUUUCACUCUGAUAGUCAAGAAGUCAAAGAUUUGAAGUUAUCUACGCUAAAUAAACAUAAAUUUCCCGUCAAACAUAGAAGUAUAAGCAAUAGUCAAGGUUUUAAUGAACACAAAGUUGUGUCAACUAAAACCAUUGAAGAAGGCAUAGCCAGUUUAUUACUUCAGAAAUCAAGUGAUAGGAAAACCAGUGCUCCAGUUUUUUCUUAUAAAAAACCUAGUUUAAAGAAACAACAACUUAAACCAUCAGUAAACAAAUUAAAUGUUAAAAGAGUCCGAAGUUCAAAAGAUAAUGCUCUGAGCAAAAUUGAAAAUAAGAAUUCCAAAUCUGAAACUCAAAAAAGUGCAUGUGCUGUAAACAAUAAAUUGAAUAGUAAUUACAAUGAUAAUAGCAAUGAUGUGAAAUUGGUAAGCCUAGGAAUACAAACUGUAGACACUGAUGAUAUAGAUAGUUUAUACUCUGAAGGAAUCAUAAGAUAUCCUUCAACAAAAUUCAAAAAUUCUCAAAAUGACUUCAAGGAAGACAAUCCACAAGAAAUUAAAAAUAAUGAAAACUGUAUUGACUCUGAAUGUCAAGUUAAUGAUAGUAAAGAUUAUGUUAAAAUUAACAAAGAAAAAAUUACUUUAGCCAGUAAAUUAGCAUCGCAACUCAGCAACAGCUCUGGACAAAUUAGUCAUCGAAUGGGAGUUGUUCCUAAAUACAUCAAGGAACGUAAAGAAGAACUGGUAAAAGAAAAGUUAGCUAAAGCUGCAGCAAAACAGUCUGAUUGUCCUGUUGGUCACGUUCCAAUACCAGAUAAUGAAAGAAAAGAAACACUUGCCAUGUUGAAAAAAAAUCAUCAAGAACUUGUUAAUGAACUAAAUAUGUUACCAAUCAGAACAGAUACAUUGCGUUCUCAAAAAAGAAAGAUGGAAAUAGAAAAAAAUUUGGAAAAGCUGGAAGAAGCUAUCAAAGUUUUUUCAAGACCAAAAGUUUACGUGAAAGUUGAUGCAUAA